AUGUCCAACACCACUGCGCAUACCACUCAGAUCUUCUUUGAUGAACAUUUGCGGGGUGAGAUUUACAGAAACUAUCCAUCCACUCUCCAGGAUGAUGUUCCAAUCGUUCUUGAUGGUGACGAUUCUUUUAUUGGAGAAGCUGCUUCUGCAGGAUAUGACCCCUACCUGGAAUAUAUUUUGUUGGGCAAGACCGUUACUGAUGGGAUUUCUGGGUGGAUACGAAUGGGAAUCAAUAUCAGUGCUUCCUACCCAGCAAGUCGCUCCCAGAACCAGGCAGGGAAUUGUUCAAAGACUAAUGUCGCUGUCUUAAGCUUACCGCCGUUUCGAUCUUGGGAGAAGAUGGAGGGACAGCACUCCGAAAUCUUGCUGAGUAUGUUUCAGGCGAAGUGCAUCAGAGAACCAGAACUCUCCCGGGGUAGAACGUGA